AUGAAGCGAAACCAUCUUGGUCAGAGGAAAGGUUUGGAAAGAGCGAGUGAGCUAUCACCUCAAAGGUGGGAAAUGUUAGGGAGAAGACUAAUCUCCAUGUUCAAAAGCUCCCCAACAUCGCAGCUUUCUGGCUCUGCAAAUCCCACCUAUGAAAAUAACAGCAAGUCAUUGGCUCGAAAGGCGGUGUCUUUUGUUUUGUUUAAUGUAACAUGUGGUGUCGCUUUGAGUGCUCUUGACGACCUUGCUAUUUAUCGUAGCUGUAGCAGCAAGGCCUUGGAGAAAGCUAGUAAGAACCAGGCAGUCAUAGACGCCAUUGAGGAACCUAUUGAAAAGGGUCCAUGGUAUAGUGCAUCACUUGCAAUAGCUCGUAAGAGGCAUUCUGUGUCUUGUACAUUUCCUGUGUCUGGACCACAAGGCUCCAGAAUUUUCCAGUUGAAGGCAAUCCGUAAUGGAGAUGACUCCUGGUUAUCAUCUCUUCUGCCUCGUGAUUAG